UACAUAACUCCUGAAUAAAAAUUAAAAUGUGUUUGGACUGAUUUAAAAAAAAGAGUUUUGAACAAAUUUGAUUGGUUUGUGGAUAGUGAGCGCAAAUGCAGGUGAAAAGCGGUUUUAUUAAGCGAGUCAUUGAGUCGUUCAUUCAAACGAUUCGUUCAAACGGCCGAUUCAUCAAGAAUGAGACAGAUGUUUGUGCAUGGGUCAUUGAAUCCAUGACUCAAUCGAUUCGUUCAAAACACUGAAUCAUUCAAAACAAGAUUGAUUGUUGCUGUGAGAUGCGCUAUGCUGUGAUCUUUGUUUGGAUUCAUCGGAUCUAUUUUCGCUGCUAAAAUAGACCAAAACAGUCAUUAUUUCGUCAAAAAUGUAAGUGACUUACUAUUAAUAACUUGUUUGUUGAACUGUCAUAUGAAAUCAAUGUCACAUUUUCAAUCGUGAGGUGAUGGUAAAUUAAGUGACGGUCAAUUGUCAGCUCUCUUGGUCGUCAGGUUGUGUGAUGCAUGUUGCUGAACUGCAUUCAAAAGUUAUAAAUAUAAAAUCACCACAUUUAACUGCACUAUGUCAAUUUAGUUUAUUUGUGUGUGCUGCGCUCAUAGACUUUAGAAAACGGCGCUCAUUUGUUUGAUUUCUCCUCGAGAAGCUGCGCAAGCCUCAAAAGUCCGAAACUGUCUUAUUCGUUUUUUCAUAUUCGUCAUUUGGUGGCUCUCAAUUGUCAAAAACAACCCUCAAAAUAAUUGCUACGGAUGCGAAAAAUGCAGAAAAUUGAACCAUCAGAAUUAAUUUUUAUGACGGGCGGAAGUUUCAGAGAUUGCAAACAUAUAAAACCUGAGGUCCUAUUUAGUUAUAUAUAUAUAGCCUAUAUAUAUAUAUAAAACGAAUAAACUAGUCAGAAUAUAGGCUACAGCUAAAGCUUUCCUUUAGUUUUUGUGAAAUACACGCAGCCACGCACACAAAAAAACAUUUUUAAAUACAUUUAUGUUGUUAAUAAAUAAAAAAACACUAAAUUGUUGUAACAGCAAUAUCUCCAAGUUUUGUUUUUCACUGUAAAAAUGUAAUGAUUUGCCAAUGCAAAGAGAGUACCGCCACCUUUUCCCCCACUUCAAGCACUGCUUAUAACACAAACAAAUCAUCCUCCUGGCGACUUGUUUUUGUCAAUGUGACAAAUCCAGCGAAUUUUACUGUUGUUUUUGGAGACUUUUGUGGUGUUUGGAGACUCGAAAGCACGAGUCACUCUGCAGUUAGGCCUACUGUUCACAACGAGCAGCGGGUGCUGCCGUUAGCCCCUCUCCCGUCCAAAAGCACUUCAAGGCGGUCAGACUCUCAGUAGCCUCACGCAGCACUCAGAGCAGAGAGGAGACACACUCCCCUCCGCGUCCAGGCUGCAAAUGAAUCGCGCAUGCGCAUGGCCGCCGCCGUUCCCGCCCUAGCUUGCAGAGCGGGUUGUAAAUGUAAAUGUUCACUCACUCAAAAUACAAAAAUAAAUAACUGCGAUUUAAAUUGACUCAAGACAUAGCUCUCCAUUCACUCUAGUCUAGUCUCUUGCAAAGUUCACUUGUGCCAGCUCUCGCUAGUCUGUUAUCAAUCUCGAUUUACAUAGGCCUUUACUACAAAACCCCAACAGUCUUUUUAAAGACUAAACCCACAAACAUUUUUGUUAAAGAUUAGAUCAAAUCUCAGCCCUUGCCAGUAUUUUUUUUUAACUGCUAGGCAGUAGCUACACUUAGCUAAAACAACCCACACGACUAAGACACACACACACACACUACAAUCUUUAAGUAUUCAAAUAAAAUCUGAAUUGUCUGCAAAAUAAUUAUUUUGUUCGUUUAAUUAAAGAUCGUCCCUAAGUCCCGAUUGAUUAGCCCCUGAUACGUCUCUCAACACAGCCACACACACAGUUACAUAUUGCCUAAACUUUAUUUAAAACACAUAACAAAAAUGGAGAAAUUUCUUGUGCGGACCAACAAGCCAACCGACGCACCACCAGCUGCAAAAAAGCUUAGAAGGUACGAUGAAGCAUACCUGCAGUUUGGGUUUACAGUUACGGCUGAUCUGAGACCUCAGUGUGUCGUGUGUGCCGAGGUGCUGGCAAACGACAGUAUGAAGCCCUGCAAAUUAAAAAGGCACCUCGAAACAAAGCAUCCUGGCAUUAAAAAUAAGCCAGCUGAAUAUUUUAAAAGAAAGCUUGAUGGCCUCCAUCAGCAACAGGCAACCAUUUCAGUGCACAGCACUGUGUCUAAACAGUGUUUGGAGGCAUCGUAUGUAGUGGCCAAAAGAAUCGGUAAACUGGGUAAACCGCAUACAAUCGCAGAGACUCUCAUUUUGCCGGCAGCGCAAGACAUGUGCAGAAUAAUGAUAGGCGAUAGUGCAGCAGCCAAACUCGGUGCAGUACCACUGUCCAAUGACACAGUCGCUAGGAGAAUUGUAGACAUGUCCAAUGAUAUCAGAGAGCAACUGAUCGAGUUUGUAAAAAAGAGUCCUUACUACGCGCUGCAGCUGGACGAAUCCACUGAUAUUGCUGGGCAGGCACAGCUCCUCACCUAUGUCAGGGAUCUACGGGACAAGGCGAUUGAGGAGGAUGUACUGUUUUGCCGGCCUCUUCAGUUGCACACUACAGGAGAAGCCAUUUUCAAUGUCCUUAAUAUUUUUAUCCUUGAAAAUGGUUUGGCUUGGGACCGAUGCGUUGGCCUAUGCACGGAUGGUGCGCAAGCAAUGACGGGGCGUGAGCGUGGCCUAGCUGCUCGAGUUCAGCAAGUAGCUCCACUUGUGAAAUGGACACAUUGCAUGGUCCAUCGCGAAGCUCUAGCUGCUAAAAAAAUGCCGGUUCUUUUUGACUCCGUGCUGAACCAAUCCGUGAAAAUGAUAAAUCUUAUCAAAUCACGGCCGUUAAACUCUCGCUUGUUUGGGGUCCUCUGCCAGGAGAUGGGGUCAGGGCACGAACAGCUGCUUCUGCACACUGAAGUUCGCUGGCUCUCCAGGGGGCGGGUGCUACAGCGGUUGUAUGAGCUUCGAGAGGAGGUGAAGUGGUUUUUGACAGAAAUCAAAUCAGAUCUGGCGAAGCAUCUGGAUGACACUAUGUGGCUUGCGUCUCUGUCCUAUUUGGUCGAUAUAUUUGACCGCUUGAAUGGCCUCAACCUGUCUUUGCAAGGCCGCGGAACUCAUAUUUUGAUCCUUGCAGACAAAGUGCACGCCUUCACACAAAAACUAGACCUCUGGCAUGGCCGCAUCAGUCAAGGGAACUGCGACAUGUUUCCCAGCCUUGCAGACUUUAUCACUGAUGCAGGCACGUCACACGAUUUCUCAUCCCUAUUUCAAUCAGCGUCUGAGCACCUGUCAGCAAUGAGAAAACAAUUUGCGACGUACUUUAAAGAGGAUUAUCGCUCUUUUGCGUGGGUUCGAGAUCCGUUUGUGUGCACAGCAAACGAGCUAUCAAUUGAUAUGCAGGAACAGCUUAUUGAGCUGAAGAGUGACAGUAGACUGAAGGAACUCUUUAACUCCUGCCCUCUUUCGUCAUUCUGGGCAGCAUUGAUGCAGGAAUAUCCUGAACUCUGUGACGUCGCCAUGAAGAUUCUCCUUCCUUUCGCUUCGACAUAUCUGUGUGAGGCAGGAUUCUCAAAAAUGACUGCACUCAAAACGAAAUACCGCAAUCGUGCACAAAUCGAGGAUGAUCUGAGACUAUGUUUAUCAAACAUUGAGCCAAGAAUUGGGGAUCUUUGCAAGGCAAAGCAGGCUCAGGUCUCGCAUUAA